AGAAUCGACCAUGGCUCAAAAGACUACUCUCCAGGAGUUCAACUCCGUCUACCCCAAGCUUGAGGAGGCUCUUCUCGAGCAUGCGCGCUCCUACAAGCUCCCCCAGGAGCAGCUUGACUGGUACAAGCGAUCCCUCGAGAUCAACCCUCUCGGCGGAAAAUGCAACCGCGGCAUGUCUGUCCCCGACUCCGUCUCCCUCCUCCUCGAGAAGCCCCUCUCUGAGGAGCAGUACUUCCAAUCUGCCACCCUUGGCUGGAUGACCGAGCUCCUCCAGGCCUUCUUCCUCGUUUCGGACGACAUCAUGGACUCGAGCAUCACCCGCCGCGGCCAGCCCUGCUGGUACCGCCAGGAGGGUGUCGGCAUGAUCGCCAUCAACGACGCCUUCAUGCUCGAGGCCGCCAUCUACACCCUCCUUAAGAAGUACUUCCGCUCUCACCCCGCCUACGUCGACCUCAUCGAGCUCUUCCACGAGACCACCUUCCAGACCGAGCUUGGUCAGCUGUGCGACCUGCUCACCGCCCCCGAGGACAAGGUCGACCUCGACAACUUUUCCAUGGAAAAGUACAGCUUCAUCGUCAUCUACAAGACCGCCUAUUACUCCUUCUACCUCCCCGUCGCUCUGGCCCUCCACCAGCUCAACCUUGCCACCCCCAAGAACCUGAAGCAGGCUGAGGACAUCCUCAUUCCCCUGGGCGAGUACUUCCAGAUCCAGGACGAUUACCUUGACAACUUUGGUCUCCCUGAGCACAUUGGCAAGAUUGGUACCGACAUCAAGGACAACAAGUGCUCUUGGCUCGUCAACCAGGCCCUCGCCGUCGCCACCCCCGAGCAGCGCAAGAUCCUCGAAGAGAACUACGGCCGCAAGGAUGACGAGAAGGAAAAGGUUGUCAAGAAGCUCUACGACGACCUCAAGCUCGAGCAGCGCUACCUCGACUACGAGGAGAAGGUUGUCGGCGAGAUCCGCGCCCGCAUCACCAACAUUGACGAGAGCGAAGGCCUCAAGAAGACCGUGUUUGAGGCCUUCCUCGCCAAGAUCUACAAGCGCAGCAAGUAAGCUGAGCUGCCCAAUCAAAAAGUAGAAAAAGAAACACAAAAGCGAAACAAACAGGCGCACGCCGCGCCGUUGAAAUGCAGAGGUCAUCAUCAUAGCCGAGCCGAGCCAACAAUGAGCGUCACGACCAUAUAGACCAGAGAUACCUCGAAUGAAACAGGGAAGGAAAAUUCACUCAUAGCAUUGACCAAGGAAAUGAGAAUAAUAAUAAAAAACAUUUUGUUUCCUUUUGCG